AUGGGCAAGAAGCGCGCAGGACCAAGCGCGGCCAUCGCGCCCGCCGCGGGAACCAAGAUGACCUUUGGCGACGACGACGACUUUGACUACGCUGCGCCCUCGUCGUCUGGCGUUCCAUCUGAUGCCCCAUCCGAGGACGAGGAGUCUGGCUCCGAAUCAGACUCGGACUCGGACGCAGCCCCAGAGGCAGUCGGCAUGCGCACUGGUGCCGCAGACGAGCGCAAACGCGCAGCCGCAGAGGAAGAGGAACGCCAGGCGAAGCGCGAGGCCGCCAAGCUGCGUGCGGUUCGCGUCGCUGAGGCCAAGGCCGCGUCCAAGAAGGCGGCCAAGCCGAAGGACAAGAGGAAACGUGCUGCCGAUCCAGGCGAUGAUGAGGAUAGUGAGGAUGAGGACGCGGAGGCUGCUCGCUUGAGGCGGAGGAUGGAGGCGGCCAUGGCGGCCGGCGAGGACUCGGACGACUCGAUGGAGUCUGACUUUGACGAGGAAGGGGAGGACGACUUUGACGCGCUCGACGACGAGGACGAGGGAGAGGAUGGAGAGGAGGACGACGACGAGGACGAGGAAAUGGAAGAAGAGGAAGAAGAAGAGGAGGAGAGCGACGACGAUGGCCUGCUCUCUCGCCCUGUCCCUGCGGCCCUCAAGAGCCGGAUGGACGCGAUGAUGGCCGCGAUGGAGGGGCGCGCGAUGGCUGCAGACCCCAAGUUCGCGGACGAGAUGGCUUCGCGACGCAAGAAGGGUCCCGUGCUGGAGGUGCCAUCGCUCAAGUCGGGUCCUAAAGGUGUGAAGACGACAUUCGACGAGUUCGGCGAGUACGAGGCAGCCCCGCUUUCUGCCGACAUGCUCGCUGCUGCCGACGCACAGCUUGCAGCCGAUAAGAGCAAGGAGAAGGUCGAGAGGGGGGAGGAGAGGGCACGCAAGCGUCGGAGGAAGGGGAAGAAGGCUGCACCGACGGCGCGAGUGCUUGACGACCGCACCGUGCACCUCCUCCCGCCCGUUUUGGCCGGCACCGCACUGCCGCCGGUCGUUGGGCCACGGGAACGUGUGGGGACUGCGGGGAAGGCCAAGGCAACGUUCUACAAGAAGGCCAUGAAGGCGAGCGGGAAGAUUCCGGGGCGGGGGGUUGUGGAUGGGCGGCGGCGAUAA